GUCUACAACAAGUGAGAUAAUGAUGAACACUAUGAAAAUGAAAUAACCAUCGACUGAAAUUUUGGCUCGUGCAUCUGCUGUAAGGAAUUCAUCUGGUAUGAGGAGGGAGACAUACACAUUCUUGAAAUAUUAAAGCAGAUGAGUUUGCAUAUAGGUUUUAAACUGAGCCAAAAUGCCCAAAGUUACCAAGAAGGGGCGUAAAGCGCAUCGUGUUUGCCGAAAUAAUACAUGGUCUGAGCUUCCGUAUCCAGCUCUUGUUGAAGUCUAUCGGAAUCUGCAUGACAAAGACAGAGUUGCCGCUGCGCAGGUCUGUCACAUGUGGGGGAAAGCCUUCACUAAUCCCGCUUUGUGGCGCAGCAAACAUUUCGUCUUGGGGGGCUCAAAGGCCAAUUCGUCAGGACAGCGCGCUGUGGUAUUUGCCCAGAAAAUGGGCCCGUGCCUCCGUCAUGUGUACAUCAAAUGUCGUCAUCUCACGUCCAACACCUGCGAGACAAUAGCCAGCAGUCUGGAGCAGUUCUGCUCUAACUUGGAGCACUCGAGGCUGGAGCACCUGGUCAUCAGGGAAUUGGAGCUGGACAGGUUCUGGAAGCACGCGCAUCUACGGCCUAAGGUCGCCCAGUGUCUUCAGAACAUGCUCCGGUCUCAGAGGAACCUUCAGCUGUUGGACCUGUCUACUGCCCAGUUCGGUGUCCUGCCUGGCUCGGAGGUACUGGCAGCGGCAUCAGAGGGAUCGGGGUCAAAGAUCAGCUGUUUGGAACUACCAGAUUUCUUCCACACACAACUGGCCGCUUUUGAAAUACCCGCUUAUGUCAAAGCUAUACUCGGUUUCAGCAACCUGCAGCAGAUCAACCUCAACUAUUGCUGCCUUAGCGACCACAUCGUGGAACAGUGGGCGAAGGUUUUGGCGGGAAAGUUGGAGGACCUGGAGAUACGAGUCUGCUCGAAUGAACCUCACACUCAUCGUAUUUCAAACGAGUCUUGGUCGCUCCUCAAAGCAGCUUGUCCCAGACUGACAGUGGACAUGUCUAUUCUUGGCAUAGGCCCCGCCUCCUCUGUUAUCCCCAUUUUAGCCCCUCCCAUCCCACUGGUCUAUCUGCACUACUGGUCCGGGCACGACGGGGAUACAGAGCUUGGGGUGGCGGAUACGAUCUGUCAAAUGAUCCAGGAACGUGAGAACUGUCUGCGAGACGUGAGCAUUAUGUUGUGUGACCUCGCGGAGCCGGAACUAGAACUGCUGCAGGAUCUGCGAGAACGUUUGGCCCCUUUUGUAGAAUCACGGGACAUCAACAUCACCUUACGCAAUGAUAUGUUUUAACGCAGUUUCCAAUACCAUCACUCGUCUGUAGUCAUUUUUACCAUCUUCGAUCUAGAUCUAAUGCUUGAAUGAAUCAAAAUUAAAAAAUGGAAAUACCCUCA